GUAUAUACUAAAACACCACUCCUACUCUCCUCUCCGCCUACCAACGCGCAAUUCCUGAUACUCCUCCCCUUUUUAGUAACGAAUUUUCCAUACUCUUUUUUCUUUUUAAGUUAUAUAAAGAUUUCUUCAUUUUCCAUUUUUCUCCUUCUCUUUCUCUUUCUCUUUCUCUCUCCUCUUUUUUUUAUUUAUUAUAUAUAUAUAUAUAUAUUCAUAUCGCAACUACUUGGCGGUGAAGCCUGCGAUAUUUCUCCUCGCAUUCACGAAUCAUCAGUGUUCGGAGGAGAGAGAAAGUGUGUUUCACAGAGAGAGAUGGCUGUAAGUUCAUCUCAGAGAGAUGAAAAUGGAGGUGAACAAGUUUAUCCAAAAGUUAAGCUUGGUGUUUGUGUGAUGGAAAAGAAGGUGAAAUGUGAUUUUGAGGCAUCUUCGGGUCCAAUGAAGCAGAUACUGGAGAGAUUGGAAGCAUUUGGCGAAUUCGAGAUAAUACUUUUCGGUGACAAAGUUAUACUUGAAGAUCCGAUUGAGAGCUGGCCUUUGUGCGACUGCCUCAUUGCUUUCUACUCAACUGGCUAUCCUCUUGAAAAAGUUGAGGCUUUUGCUGCUUUGAGGAAGCCCUUUUUAAUUAAUGAACUGGAGCCACAGCACCUGCUUCAUGACAGAAGGAAGGUAUAUGAGCGUCUCGAGAUGUUCGGUAUUCCUGUCCCUAGAUAUGCUCUUGUGAAUAGAGAAUUUCCAUUUCAAGAAGUGGAUUAUUUUUACGAAGAAGAUGACUUUGUUGAAGUCCAUGGUGAGCGUUUCUCAAAGCCAUUUGUGGAGAAACCUGUUGAUGGUGAUAACCAUAGCAUUAUGAUAUAUUAUCCAAGUUCUGCUGGUGGGGGCAUGAAGGAGCUAUUUCGAAAGGUUGGAAAUCGUUCAAGUGAGUUCCAUCCUGAUGUCAGAAAUGUGAGACGAGAUAGCUCCUAUAUAUAUGAAGCAUUUAUGCACACAGGUGGGACAGACGUUAAGGUGUACACAGUUGGCCCUGACUAUGCGCACGCAGAAGCGAGGAAGUCUCCUGUGGUUGAUGGUGUUGUAAUGAGAAAUCCUGAUGGAAAAGAAGUGAGGUAUCCUGUUCUUCUCACUCCUGGGGAGAAACAAAUGGCAAGAGAAGUCUGCAUUGCAUUUAGACAAGGGGUUUGUGGAUUUGACUUGCUUAGAUGUGGGGGGCGCUCGUAUGUUUGUGAUGUAAAUGGAUGGAGUUUCGUCAAAAAUUCUCACAAGUAUUAUGAUGAUGCUGCAUGUGUGUUAAGGAAGAUGUUUCUAGAUGCAAAAGCUCCACAUCUUUCUUCUACAAUUCCUCCAACUUUGCCGUGGAAGGUCCACGAGCCAGUUAACGCUUCAGAAGGCCUUACACGCCAGGGAAGUGGAAUCAUUGGAACAUUUGGGCAGUCAGAGGAGUUGCGAUGUGUCAUUGCUGUACUUCGACAUGGUGAUAGAACUCCCAAACAGAAGGUGAAGUUGAAGGUUACGGAGGAAAAAUUGUUGAAUUUGAUGUUGAAGUACAAUGGAGGAAGGCCUAAGGCAGAGACAAAACUGAAAAGUGCAGUCCAGUUACAAGAUUUACUAGAUGCCACCAGAGCUCUUGUUCCUCGUCUCAGACCUGAGAGAGAGAGUGAUAGUGAGGCAGAGGAUGUUGAGCAUGCUGAAAAGCUGCGUCAAGUUAAAGCAGUGCUGGAGGAGGGAGGACAUUUCUCUGGUAUAUAUAGAAAGGUCCAAUUAAAACCCUUGAAGUGGGUAAAAGUACCCAAAAAUAAUGGCGAAGGUGAAGAAGAAAGACCUGUCGAAGCUUUAAUGGUCCUGAAAUAUGGAGGUGUUUUGACACAUGCGGGAAGAAAACAGGCUGAAGAGCUUGGUCGGUAUUUUCGGAACAAUAUGUAUCCAGGUGAAGGGACAGGUCUUCUCCGUCUCCAUAGCACUUAUCGGCACGAUCUAAAGAUAUACAGCUCUGAUGAAGGCCGUGUCCAGAUGUCAGCAGCUGCAUUUGCCAAAGGUCUGCUUGACUUAGAAGGGCAGCUUACACCAAUUCUUGUUUCACUUGUGAGUAAGGACUCUUCAAUGUUGGAUGGGCUGGAUAAUGCUAGCAUCGAGAUGGAACAAGCAAAGGCGAGGUUGAAUGAGAUUAUAACUUCAGGAGCACCAACUUCUCCCAGUAAUGGAUCACCGGAAUGUCCCUGGAUGGUUGAUGGGGCUGGUCUUCCUCCUUAUGCAUCUGAGUAUCUACCUAAACUGGUGGAAUUGACUAGAAAGGUCACCGAACAAGUGAGACUGCUUGCUAGAGAUGAAGAUGAGAAACUUGCAGAAACAAGUCCAUAUGAUGUUUUCCCCCCAUAUGAUCAAGCUAAGGCUCUCGGAAAGACCAAUAUUGAUGUUGAUCGGAUUGCUGCUGGAUUACCGUGUGGCAAUGAGGGAUUCCUUCUGAUGUAUGCGAGAUGGAGAAAACUGGAAAGGGACUUGUAUAAUGAACGAAAAACGAGAUAUGAUAUUACUCAAAUUCCAGAUGUCUAUGACUCGUGCAAAUAUGACCUCUUACAUAAUGCCCAUCUCAAUCUCGAAGGCUUGGAUGAACUCUUCAAUGUUGCUAAGUUACUUGCAGAUGGUGUUAUCCCUAAUGAGUAUGGGAUUAAUCCCAAGCAGAAGCUGAAAAUUGGUUCAAAGAUUGCACGCCGCUUGCUGGGGAAAAUACUGAUUGAUUUGAGAAACACUCGCGAAGAAGCUAUUAAUGUUGCUGAACUGAAGAGUAAUGAUGCUCAGCAUACUAAAUCUAGCAAGAAAGAAGAUGCUAAUCCUCGACCAAAAUCGCACACAAAGAAUGAAGAUACAAGAAAAUCUAGUGCUACUGAUAUCUCAAUUGAUCAGGAAGAUGAUGAUGAAACGGAGACUGAAUAUCGCUUGGAUCCAAAGUAUGCUAAUGUGAAGACACCGGAAAGGCAUGUUAAAACACGACUAUAUUUCACAUCGGAAUCUCAUAUUCAUUCCUUAAUGAACGUCCUUCGCUAUUGUAACUUGGAUGAGUCAUUACAAGGAGAGGAGGGUCUUGUUUGUCACGCUGCUUUGGAGCGACUGUUCAGAACUAAGGAGCUUGAUUACAUGAGCUACAUAGUAUUGCGGAUGUUCGAGAACAUAGAGGUAGCUCAAGACGAUCCGAAAAGGUUCCGCAUGGAAUUGACUUUCAGUCGCGGGGCUGAUCUCUCACCAUUGGAGAAUAAAGACAGUGAAGCGAAUUGGUUGCAUCAGGAGCAUACUUUACCUAUCAUGGGUCCAGAAAGGCUGCAAGAAGUUGGAUCGUGUUUAACUUUUGACAAGAUGGAAAAUAUGUUCCACCCAUUUGCAAUGCCUGCUGAAGAUUUUCCACCCCCUAUAACACCCAUUGGCUUCACCGGUUACUUCUCCAAAUCCUCUGCUGUUCUUGAGCGCCUUGUGAAUUUUUGGCCUUUCAAUAAGCACACUCACGCCAAUGGCAAGUGAUCUUGUUCAUAGCUGAUGUUUGUAAAUAUCAAUUUUGGCCCUGCUUUUGUUUCCGUUCAUUCAUUCAUUUUUGUUGAUUCUUUUCAUCCCCUUACCCUAAUAGAAUUGCAUCUGAUAAAAAAAGGAUUGGUAUAUGUUGAAUAUAUCUCUUUGGUUUUUUGUUUUUUUAAAGUUCUGCAUUUCUCUGA